GUAACCGCUCAUUUAACUGACAAAUAACGUCAUUAUUUAAUAUCUUGGAUAUGAUUGGUCCCGAAGGUUAUAGUUAAAAGCCCGAGUUACUGGCAGAAAUCUGUUUUGUAUACAGUCACUCCAGUCAUGAAGCUUAGGAACGGAGAUCAGCGGCCGGAUUGUGUGCCUGUGCUUCUCUUCCUUGCCCUAGUUCUCUGCAGAGUCUUUGGGGCCAGGGCACUGAAUAAUGGCUUAGCGAGGACGCCUACAAUGGGCUGGCUGCAUUGGGAACGUUUUGUGUGCAACCUUAACUGCCGGGAAGAGCCGGAUUCCUGCAUCAGCGAGCAGCUCUUCAUGCAGAUGGCAGAGCUCAUGGUCUCAGACGGCUGGAAAAAUGCAGGCUAUGAGUACCUGUGCAUUGAUGACUGUUGGAUGGCUCCCCAGAGAGAUUCACAGGACAGACUUCAGGCUGACCCUCAACGCUUUCCUGGGGGGAUCCGCCGCCUAGCUAAUUUUGUUCAUAGCAAAGGGCUGAAACUAGGGAUUUAUGCAGAUGUUGGAAAUAAAACCUGUGCUGGCUUUCCUGGAAGUUUUGGAUACUAUGACCUUGAUGCUCAGACUUUUGCUGACUGGGGAGUAGACCUGCUAAAAUUUGACGGUUGUCACUGUGACAGUAUAGAGCAUUUGGAAAAUGGUUAUAAGUACAUGUCCUUGGCCUUGAACAGGACUGGCAGAAGCAUUGUAUACUCCUGUGAGUGGCCUUUAUAUCUGUUGCCCUUUCAUAAGCCAAAUUACACAAAUAUCCGACAGUACUGCAAUCACUGGAGAAAUUUUUAUGAUAUUUCUGAUUCUUGGCAAAGUAUACAGCAUAUCCUGGACUGGACAUCUCUUCAUCAGGAGGAAAUUGUUGAUGUCGCUGGACCAGGGGGUUGGAAUGACCCAGAUAUGUUAGUGAUUGGUAACUUUGGCCUCAGCUGGGAUCAGCAAGUAACUCAGAUGGCCCUCUGGGCUGUCAUGGCAGCUCCUUUACUCAUGUCCAACGACCUCCGACAGAUCAGCCCUGAAGCCAAAGCUCUACUUCAGAACAAAGAUGUGAUUGCCAUCAACCAAGACCCCUUGGGCAAGCAGGGGUACCGCCUUAGAAAGGAAAAGGACAUUGAGGUGUGGGAACGACCUCUCUCAAAUUUAGCUUGGGCUGUAGCUCUGAGAAAUCUGCAGGAAAUUGGUGGACCUCGUUCUUAUAGUAUCGCAGUUGUUUCCCUGGGUCAUGGAGUGGCCUGUAACCCUGGCUGCUUCAUUACUCAGCUCCUUCCCGUGAAAAGGGAGCUGGGCUUCUAUGAGUGGACUUCAGACUUAACAACUCAAGUAAAUCCCACAGGCACUGCUUUGUUUCAGCUAGAUGCAUCGAAAAUGGUUUUAAAAAAUUAAACGUACUUCAAGAUGUGUA